AUGCCUCGUCCUACAAAUGAUCCUCGUCUGGGCUGCCCUCCUCAGAGAACACCCAUCGUCACCUCACAUUCAACUCUCGUCCGCCAGACGCCGACCCCAACGCAGACUCCGAACUCGUCGAGUGCCCAGGAACAACUUCAACUAUUGACAAAAUCGACCUCGGAUGCUGAUAUCUCAGACUCUAGAGUUGGACCCGGGGGAGUAGUCGGUCAAAAUAGCCCGAUUGUCGAUUACAGUCAUGUCGUACCAAUUCUUUUGAAGUUUUCCGAGCUCAGUGCCAUAAAGGGAAUCACCGAAAAAGAAAAGGCGGCGUUGCAGGAUGACGAUGCUUCCAUCAAACGACGCCUGGAGAAGGCCAAGUCAAGAGACGCAUUCCCCGUCGUAAUUGAAGGUAUACAGGCAGAGGAAACAGCUUCCCAAUCUCAAUUACGCAACCUUCAGCAAUUCAUUGACGAUAAUGAAAAGACCCGCCAACAAAUGGCGGAGACCCUGUGCAGUGUGCUCCGCCAAACACCAGUAUCUACACCCAGUCAAGUCCUCAGUCAAGCCUCUGAUAACGACAAGAUUACGAAACUGGAGGCUGAAAACCAAGAAAUAAAAGCUGAACUUCAGAACCUCAAGGAUUUGAUUCUGAAAAAGAACGACAUUCCCUUUGACAUGCAGGCUCAUCUCUCGAAGCUAGAGAACUCAGUCAGGAGCCAAUCUAUCAGCAACCAUGGGGCAAAUAAAAGGCUCAGGCAUCUUGAAGAGUGGAAGGAAAUAAUGGAAACAGCCCAAACCAACGUUCUUCCGCAAUCUGCUCAGCCUCAAACUCAGGCUCCAGAUCUGGAACCAUUACGGCAAGAUGUGAAGACGGCCCAGGAAAAAGCCGAUGAAACACAAAAGAAGGCCGAAGCAAUUGAAAGUGGUUUCUCAGCACUGAAGGUUGCGAUGGAAUCCUUCAAAGAGCAGUUCGAUAAACGUCCAAGCUCGGAUAUUUUGAGCGCAUUGAUGUCCGUGGAAGAUCUCAAACGUCAGAUCCCGGAGCUCAAUAAUCGACUCGGUGCCAUGGAGAAGGAGCGUCUCGACUUUAAGGAUACCGAUGUUGCCGCUAGAGAAGCGGCAACGGCAAUGCGUGGACUGAUCUCCCAGUAUGAGACAUUGGUUAACAACCAUAAUGGCCGGAUGCAAAUCCUGGAAUGCAUCGGUAACAAUUUGUCGACACGCGUCGAGGAGUUGAAAAAAGGAUCUGAUCUUUCACAACCCGAAACGUCCAACCAUAAUGAAGAGGUUAUCAUAGGGCUCAAGGAAAGCGUUGAAAAGAUGGAAAAAGGCCAUCUUUCUCUGUGGAACAAUGUCAACCAAUUGAUACUUGAGACACCGAAGUCUACCAAGCAAGUGCUAAAGUGCAUAUCUGCUACCGAGUCGCUGGUCACUGCUGUGCGAUCUUUGGAAAAUAGAUAUUCCAACAUCAAUUCAGAGCAUUUGGUGAGGCAUAUGGCGGUCGCUAUGCAGGAGAUGUACCCCUCGAUGCCACAGGCUCUGGAGCGAAUCGGCUUUCUCAAGGAAUACUGUACCAAGGAGAUCGCUGCUCUCAAAGAGGUGUCGCGAAAUGUUAAUCUGGCAUCUGUAGACGAGAAACUGGGCCAGUUUCGCGAAGAGGUGUCGAAUCAACUACAUCCUCUUCAAUCCACUCUGAAAGAGCAGGCGACAAACAUCACCCAGCAACUUCACGAAAUCAAUGAGUUAAAAAACAAAUUCCAGACCCAGUCUGACGUCUUCUCAGAACUCGGCGAUUCAAUACCCCAGGCGUUGCAGCAAAUCGAGAGGGUCACUGUGCUUUCUACCAAGAUUGGCACCUUAUCUGAAGGCCUCGAGUCUUUAAAGAUCAGGCUGGAAGGCCUAAACAGCGGGAACGCUAGUCAGGUGGAAGAUGCCACAGAGUACCAAGAACUACCUCGCACAUAUGACACCUUAUUAGGUCGUUGCACUUCGUCUGAUCCGCAAAUCAAGGACAAGCUCAUAGAGCUGGCAAGACUCAAGGUUGAAUUUCUGACCCGCGCGAACCAGAUUGACGAGACAGUCCAGUCAUUUUUGAACCGCGACGCCAGGGUCGGUCUUGAAGACGAGUGUUCAACGCGAGGACUUCCCGGACUCCCUGGAUCUUCUGGCGAUGAUUUUCGAAUCCUCGGCACUGCGGCUCGAAACACGGCCGAGCGUGACCGUCGCCAAGCCAGAUCUGGCUCGCCUCACACGGUAGACGCGCCUCUGACCACCCGUGUCUCCGGUAACGGUAAUGGAGAAAUCGGAGCGCACCUGAAGCGUCCCCGCCAAUCUACAACCUCCGAUGACGAGGCUCGCCGCCCGCCAGUGUCUCCUGAUCGCGUCCGCAAUGCCUCUUCCGGUCCCCCGACCGAACCAGCAGCUAUGAGGGCAAUGAAAAGAAAGAAAGCAAAGAAAGGAAAAAACAGACAGGACAUGCUAUGCUGA